CUCAGAAAGACACCACGCCCUUCUUUUCUCUUGUGAAUUAGACGUUUAGCUAUGGCCAACCAACCCCACGGCGGUAUCCUAAAGGACCUGGUUGCACGCGAUGCACACAUUCACGAAAACCUUAAGGCCGAAAUAAGGACUCUCCCUGACAUCGUCCUGACCGAGCGCCAGUUGUGUGACCUCGAACUCAUUGCCAAUGGAGGUUUCAGCCCUCUGGAAGGAUUUUUGAACGAGGCCGACUACAAGAGCGUUGUGGACAACCUUCGUCUCGCAGAUGGCACACUCUGGCCAAUGCCUAUCACGCUUGACGUCUCCCAAGCAGAUAUCGAUAACAAGCACAUCGCCGCCGGUAGUCGUAUAACGCUCCGGGAUCCACGCGACGAGGCAGCACUUGCUAUUAUCACUGUGGAGGAUGUUUACCGCCCCGACCAGCUGAAGGAGGCGACUAAGGUCUUCGGGGCCGACGAUCCAGCUCACCCGUCGGUCAGCUACCUUCGUAACAAGGUCAAAGAGUUUUAUAUCGGAGGAAAGGUACAGUCUAUCCAGCCCCCGACACACUUCGACUACGUUGCUCUUCGCUUUACACCCGCUGAGCUCCGCUCGCACUUCAAGAAGGUCGCCUGGCGCAGAGUUGUUGCUUUCCAAACUCGUAAUCCGAUGCAUCGUGCGCAUCGCGAGCUGACCGUCCGCGCUGCCCGGCAGAGGCAAGCCAACGUCCUCAUCCACCCCGUUGUCGGACUUACCAAGCCGGGCGACGUCGAUCACUAUACUCGCGUCCGUGUAUACGAGGCAAUUAUGCAGAAAUACCCGAACGGAAUGGGACACCUCGCUCUUCUUCCGCUUGCGAUGCGCAUGGCCGGUCCUCGUGAGGCGGUCUGGCACGCCAUCAUUCGUAAGAACUUCGGCGCGACACACUUCAUCGUCGGUCGUGACCACGCCGGUCCGGGGAAGAAUUCGCAGGGCAAAGACUUCUACGGCCCGUACGACGCGCAGGAUCUCGUUUCGAUGUACCAUGAGGAACUCCAAAUCGAGAUGGUGCCCUUCCAGCAGAUGACGUAUCUUCCGUCAACGGAUGAGUACCAACCCGUCGAUGAAGUACCGAAGGGUGUACAGACUCUUGACAUCUCCGGCACUGAGCUCCGCAGACGGCUGAAAACUGGCGCCCCCAUUCCUGACUGGUUCAGUUACGAUGCUGUCGUUAAGACUCUCCGUGAGAGUUAUCCACCACGGUCGAAGCAAGGAUUCGUCAUUCUUCUAACGGGUCUCCACAACUCCGGCAAGGACACCAUUGCGAAGGCCCUGCAGGUCACUCUCAACCAGCAGGGAGGCCGCAGCGUGUCUCUUUUCAUUGGCGACAACAUCCAGGCAGAGCUUGGCGCCUCGUUCACCGAGUCCUCGGAGGAUCGUUCUAAGAACAUGCAACGCCUCGGCUUCGUUGUUGCUGAGCUUGCCCGUGCAGGUGCUGCUGUCAUCGCAGCGCCUGUUGCUCCCCAGCAAGCGUCGCGGGACCUUAUCAAGGAGACAGUCUUGCACUCGGCAGGUGCUGGCGGAAACUUCUUUACAGUGCACGUCGCAACGCCGCUCGAGCAUUGCGAGGCUAUCGACCGUAAGGGUGUCUACUCCCGCGCUCGUGCCGGCGAGUUGAAAGGCGUUGCCGGUGUCGACAUCGUAUAUGAGGCUCCCGAGCGCGCCGACCUCACCGUCGACGUUACUACUCAGAGCAUACCUGAGAUCGUCCACAGCGUUGUCCUCCUGCUCGAGACCACCUCCCUUGUGUAAAUCUUUUAGCUUGGCGUACCUUUGUACCUGUCUAUCUCCAUUGUCUUGGCCGCCACAACUCCAAGGGCCGACUCUCGAGUCCGCCCCGGGCCCGUUGCUGUCUGACCGGCAUAUUCACGCACACUGUAUACCACACAUAUACUCUCGUCUUUUGCAUAUAAUAGACUAUCUGUAUCGUUCC